ACAGUUCAGAAGCUUAGAGAGAACAUGGCUGUAAUCGAGUCACUUCAGCAGUUUCUCAGCACAGGAACAUUACUGGGCGCUUCGCUGUUGCUUCUGGUUCUGUAUUUGCUUUCCUCUGGAUCCAGAUCUCAGAAAGAGGGGAAAGAGCCACCGGGACCAAAACCUCUGCCGCUGCUGGGGAACCUGCUGACCCUUGACCUCAAGAGACCCUUUGACACCUUUUGUGAGCUGUCCAAAACCUACGGAAACAUAUUCCAAGUGUUUUUGGGUCCCAGAAAAACGGUGGUUUUAGUUGGGUACAAAACCGUCAAAGAAGCUCUCGUGAACCAUGCAGAAGAGUUCGGUGACCGAUAUAUUGAACCUGUUUUCAGCCUGUUUAACGGAGGACAUGGAAUCAUUUUUUCCAAUGGAGAGAACUGGAGAGAGAUGCGACGCUUCGCUCUCAGCAACCUGCGGGACUUCGGGAUGGGCAAGAGAGGAAGUGAAGAGAAAAUCAUAGAGGAAAUUCACUAUCUGAAAGAAGAGUUUGAUAAGUUUGAAGGGAAACCCUUCGACACAACACAGCCUGUGGACUACGCUGUGUCAAACAUCAUCUCAUCUAUUGUGUACGGCAGCAGAUUUGAAUACACAGACCCUCAAUUCCAAGAAAUGGUCAAAAGGUCACAUGAAAGUAUUAGUAUUACUGGAUCGCCUUCUAUGAUGCUUUAUAAUACAUUUCCGUGGUUGGGUCCGUUCCUCAACAGCAAAAGGAUUAUUGUAAGAAAUGUGUUGAAACAUAGAGCAGAAAUGACGAGGAUGUUCACUGGACUGCUGGAGACUCUGAAUCCACACGAGCGCAGAGGGUUUGUCGACUCCUUUCUCAUCCGCAAACAGAGCGACGAGCAAUCCUGUAAGAAAGAUUCACACUUUCACCUGGACAAUCUUAUUGUGACGGUGGGAAAUCUGUUUGGUGCUGGUACUGACACGUCAGGAGCGACUCUGCGCUGGGGUUUGAUGCUCAUGGCCAAAUACCCUCAUAUACAGGAUCGAGUUCAUGAGGAGAUUGACCGAGUAAUCGGUGAACGUCAGCCAGCGGUGGAAGAUAGAAAGAAAUUACCGUAUACAGACGCUGUGAUUCAUGAAACUCAGAGACUGGCCAACAUAUUGCCCAUGAAUCUCCCUCAUAAGACCAGCUGUGAUGUUCACUUCAAUGGAUACUUCAUCAAGAAGGGUACCAAUGUAAUUCCUCUGCUGACGUCUGUUUUGAAGGAUCCAAGCGAAUGGGAGAAACCGAACAGCUUUUACCCAGAACACUUCCUAGAUGAGAAGGGCCAGUUUGUCAAGAGAGAUGCUUUCAUGCCCUUUUCUGCAGGCCGAAGGGUUUGUUUGGGAGAGAGUUUGGCCAGGAUGGAGCUCUUCCUGUUCUUCACUUCCCUCCUUCAGAGCUACCGCUUCACAACUCCUCCUGGAGUGUCUGGAGAUGAUCUGGAUCUCAAAGGAAUAGCCGGAAUCACAUUGACUCCGUCCCCACACAAGCUGUGUGCGAUCAGACGCUCCUGAUACUGGACAAUCAAAACAGAAGCAUCACAUUUUACCUCAGUUUAAAGGGGAACUUGGAACUCAUUGUAGAGCAUACCAUUUUUAGCAUCAAUGAAAUCCAAAUGAUAAAAUCAAUAAAAAAGAAACAUUUGUAUGCAGAGACAGGCAUCAAGAAUUAGCGGAUGAAUCUCGGCAAUGGUGACAAACUGUACAAAAGCUCAUUAUUUAUUCAUGCAGAAAUGCAUGAUGGGAGCCAUAAAUGAGUUUUGAUUGGUGGCACCCAGAAUGCACUGCAACGUGCUUUAUAUUUGUCACCAUUGUUGAAAUUCACAGUCUGAUUCUUGAUGUCUGUGUAUGAUGUUCUUAUAUCUACAUAAACUUCUUUUGGUAACACUUUAUUUUACGACCCGCAAACAAAUGUGUAA